AUGGCCCAAGAGUUGUUGUCUUCGAACAUUGAUGGAUUGUUUGAGAAGAUGAAUCUGGAUGAGAUCCAGCAAGUGUUGAGAAAGAUGAGAAUUGAAGUGGAGAAAAAACGAGAAGACCUUCGGGUCACAGUCGGGAAUCGCUACAGAGAUCUCAUUGAGGCUGCUGACACCAUCACAGAAAUGAAGAAAACGGCAGAAGAAGUGACUGAACAUCUAAAUACUAUGGAAGACAAAUUAGGAUCACUAAAACAUAGGCAAUUACUUGGAUUCCAAACAGACAUCUAUUCAUCAGAAAAGCAAAAGCAAGUUUUAGUAGCAAAAAAGGAAUGCAGAAUUCUCGCAGCUCAGAUAAGACUAUUAAUGGAAUUACCUGAAAUUAUAUGGAAGCAAAUAGAGGCUGGAAGUAUAUGCCCAGCAGCCCAAAUUCAGCAACUCGGAUAUCACCUUCAUACUGGGCUGAGUGUUGAAAGUGGACCUGGUGGAAGUGCAGCAAAUAUUCAAAACUGGUUUCCUGUAAUCAACCAACAAAAAGUUGCUUUAGCUUCUUUUGAUGACAUCAUAGUAAAAGAAUCUACUAAUCAUCUAAUGGAAAUACAACUGACUCUGGAGAGAGCGACAGAUAGCUGUUGUGCGUUACUACUCUUCCGUGGAACCAGUUCCGCCCAAAUGCUUUCUGAUUUCUUAAAAUUUCGUUCGGAAGCCAUGAGCUCCAUAAUGUCGCAAAAUGGCAUCAAACAACAAUUGCAGAGCUUUCUUCAAUUCAUUGUUUCGUCGUUUGCCACAGUCCACGCGCUUUUUGUUGAGGGCUUUCCAGAAUCCACGUUACCACAAGGUUUGCUGUCAGAAAAACUCAAAGCCACCUGUCAACCGCUUGCGUCUCCUACGGUGCAGCUGCUUUCGCUAACUCCGGGAUUCAUUCGCCAGUUACCACCAAUUGUUACGGAAUUUCGGCCAUCAACCAAAGACGUAUGGACUCCAUUACCUAUCAGUCAUAUCCGCAGUGAAUUUCAAAAAUGGUUUCAUACCAUCCGUGAUGUGAUACCUAAAGAGCUAAACCAGUUACUUAGUUGUGUUUCCCACAUCAAAACAUUAGCGAGCCUUAGAGAUUCGGCUUAUAAUACGCUCCAAGCCGAACCCUUCACGAACGAAUGGAGUGAGCUGGCACAUCGCUUAUUUGGUUCCGAUAUUUGCCUAUGGGAAGAAUUAUGUGAGCCAGCUUUUGUAGAUAAAAUCAGUUCGAUUAUUCAAGGCAAGCUGGACCAUACCCUGGAUACUGUGCAACAGUCAAUUGAACAAAAUUACGUCAAUUUUGAUUUGAAAGCCUGGUUAUGGGCUGAAACAGCCAGUGACUUACCGCAGUCGGCUACCUCCCUGCCAAACACAAGCGGCGUUUACAUGAAAACACGAUGUUACAUGCCUUCUGUCCAGCAGUUGUGUGGUCUAUGGGAUCAAAGAAUGGCAGUUUUACGAGAAGAUCUGGCGUACUACCAAGAUGAAAAGGCCGACGAUUCAAAGUUAUUCUCUCCUUUCAACAAAUUUGGUAAACGUACAAUAAUCAACGAGGCACUCGAAAAAUGCUGCAAUCAGGCCAUUCGCAAGUUUGUUUCAACUUUGAGCAGAAAAGAUGAUAACCGUACUGUGUUCGCCAUGAAAGUGAUCACUGGUAUGAGUGAACUUUGCCCUCAACUGAAACUUUGCUUUGAAACAGAGCAGGGUGACGAAGGGAAAUCCUGGAAUUCGCUUGUGGAGUUUUUAUGUUCCUCGGCGUUGGAUCUGUUUCGCAUUUGGAAGGCAGACUUGCUCACCUCAAUGGAACAGAAUCUGGAAAGCCAGUUACAAAUGAACUCAACCUCCGAUACCCUAAAAUUCACACCGAUGUGGGAUGAAAUUACCAUUCAAGAGGAAGCUGAAAGUGGCAGUGCUGUGCAAUCUCAGAUAAGAGUUCCCAUGAAUCCAAGUUUUCCGCUGCAGCAAUCCCUUUUUGGAAUGUGCCAGGAAAUCAAUCAUGUCGGACCUCACGCGAUUCCCAAAAAAGCGCAGCUGCAUUUGAUGGAGGACACCGCAAGCUCGAUUUUGAAAUGUUACGAGAGCUAUGUCUCAAGUCAUUUAACUAUGCUGUCACAAGCAAUAGCGCUCCAGUUGCUCUUCGACGUUCGUUUCGUCGGAGCAUUUCUUCUGGCGAGAGAUAACAAGCUCAUGCAGGAGAAAGCUCGCAACUUGUGCGAAGCCCUCGAAGGGCGAGUUGAUCCCUUUGAUCUCGAUGUCUUUAAGCCGCACGUUCAAAAUCAUGUGAAACGAGCAGUUCAGCGUUUACAGUUUGUCUUUGGUCCACUCCUGACUGCUGAUCGACACGCCAUCCUAUGGGCUGCCCGCGUAGCGAAUCCAGUAGGUAAUGCGAAACCCGAAGCGCCGUCUGUAGUAGGUCUUGUUUCUUCUACGCCACGUUUCCUUUCCCUACCACUGAUGAACCAGCGACCACCUAAUAUUGAUGGCAACAACGGCGUUAAUAAAUUAGCAGAGUCUUCAUCCAAAGGAGAAAUAAUAUCAGUUAACCAGAGAAAAUCCAAAAACAAGAUUGACACAGCGCCUUCCAAUGCUACUAGCACAGCUCGAUCGAGUGCUGCUGCCUUUUUUGGAGCCAUGAGCUCCACUUGGGGUUCCAGUAUUUUCGGCGGUGAUAAGUGACUUGUUACACCAAAUGUUGUUUAAAAUGUUCUUUCCUUCCAAUUAAAUUUCUAAUCUGCCACUGAAAUGUAUUAAACUAUACCUGUGUUGGCGAAAAACUGG